GAAGCUAACCUCUUACUGCUCCGCCGGCACCGGGCAGAGCUGAAGCCUGGGGCGGGAAACCCCCAUCCCGGGCAGUUCCAAGCCCCACUGUGAUUCCCGGGGAGCCCCGACUACAACCCCCCCUCACCGCGGGGCUGAUCCAGAGGCAGACGGAGCUCCCCGAGGCGUUUCAUCGGCUUUCACCGGCCGGCACCCCUCUGCGGCCCGGCGGGGCGCGUUGAGGCAGCGGAGAAAAGGGGCUCCGGGCUCUAAACCCGCCUCAGGACCCGGCACUGCGGCAGCAGCACCACGCCGGGCCGUGACUGCCACCGCGCAGGCGCUGCCGGGCAUCGGCGCUCGGCACAUCGAUCGCUGCGGGAGCGGCUCUGCCGCCUGCGCCGCCGUUACGCGGGGCGGGACAGGACGGGCCGGCCGCCAUCGCGGCGGGAAGAGGCAGGUCUGCAGCCGCCGCCGAGGAUGGACAUCAGGCCGAACCACACCAUCUACAUCAACAACAUCAAUGACAAGAUUAAGAAAGAAGAACUGAAGAGGUCCCUGUAUGCGUUAUUCUCACAGUUUGGCCAUGUGGUUGACAUUGUGGCUUUAAAGACUAUGAAGAUGAGAGGACAGGCUUUUGUUAUAUUUAAAGAACUUGGGUCAUCUACCAAUGCUUUAAGACAGCUACAAGGCUUUCCGUUUUAUGGGAAGCCAAUGCGGAUUCAGUAUGCAAAAACAGACUCUGAUAUCAUCUCUAAAAUGCGUGGUACUUUUGCCGAUAAGGAAAAAAGGAAGGAAAAGAAGAAGGCCAAAUCUCUGGAGCAGUCAGCAAAUGCACCAAAUAAAAAGGUUAUCCAGGGAGCAACACAAAAUUCAGCCAGCGCCCCAGGGACUGCAGCACAGAAUCAGCAGGUGCCUGACAACCCACCCAACUAUAUCCUUUUCCUUAAUAACUUGCCUGAGGAAACAAACGAGAUGAUGCUGUCCAUGUUAUUCAAUCAGUUUCCUGGAUUCAAAGAAGUUCGCUUAGUGCCUGGGCGCCACGACAUUGCAUUUGUGGAGUUUGAAAAUGAGAAUCAAGCGGGAGCUGCGCGAGAUGCUCUCCAAGGAUUCAAGAUUACUCCGUCUCAUGCCAUGAAAAUCACUUACGCGAAGAAAUAACCGGAUGCUCCUAUAAAGGAGUUGUCUAGAUAGUUGGGGUUUUUUUAAUGCAAUGAUACUUUGCUCAGCUAGCAUGUUUGCUGUUCUCUGCAGAAAACUGAAGACUUGUGUACAAUGGUCACAACAGCCAGGAGAGACGUUGGAUUUCCACAGGUCUACUGGAUAGUAAAUUUUUGUGUUGAAAUACUGAUUUUUAUAAAAUAAAUAAAGUUUAUGCUGUUCUCAA